AUGCGCUUCCGUGCUAACAUCGAGAACGUCACGACCUUCGCGCGAAUAAUGCAAACGGUUGAGAAGAUUCAGAAGAAAUGUAUCAUGAGGUUCAGUGAGACGGAAAUGCGCAUCAUCUGCAACGCAGAUCCGUCCGGAAGCACAGUACAGAUCUGGUCCACGAUACGUGUUGAAGCGAUCUUCUCCAGCUACCGUAUUCAAUCUAAUAGCAACAACGAGAUCUCUAUCCUGCUCUCCGCCGACGCUCUCUCGCAGGUACUGCGGCCCCUCACACUUCCUGGCGUAUCGCUAGAGGACGUGACGAUGAAACUCGCGAAGAAGAACGACGUGCCAGUACUCAACUUUGAGAUUGCUACUGCAAGUCGCGGAGGUCGAACAGUGCGCGUUUCGCACGAUGUACGCAUCGAUAUCAUGAAACCGCAGGAUGUCGCGGAGCUGAAGGAGCCGCUAUGCCCAGAGCCGGACGUUCACAUAGUGCUACCUCCCUUACAGGAUAUACGGCCUGUAGUUGAACGUUUACGCGCUCUCGGCGACGUUGUGGCCGUACGAGCGAAUCGCUCGGGCAAGCUCCAGAUAUCGGCCGCUACAGAGAACGCGAAGAUAGACGUCGUGUGGGACAAAUUGCAGAACCCACGUAUCGGCGAGGACGGUCCGUCGCAAGAGGCACCGGCAGAGAAUCCCGAUCCGGAACGAAUGUUCGGGGUUCUGCUCAGGACGAGAAGUUUGUUACAGUUCCUAAGCGCUCAUGUUGUCUCCACGACAACCAUUGCUUGUGUGUGCCAUCAGCAUGCCAUGAUUUUCUAUGUAUAUGUCGGUGAAGUCGCGGAUGCAGGCGGAGUGUUGACCUUCUUCCUUCCGCCGGUUCAAGACUGA